CCAAAUGAAGAUUUAGAAAUCUCAUGUUUUUCAUAUUUUCAUUCCAGACGCCUGAGGAGAUGGGUGAUUUCCAGCGUACUCAGACAUCACCCAAAGGUCUGGCUGUUAACCCUCUUCCUUGCAGGUGUUCAACGGAGCUUCCACUGCCUCUUGUUCCAGGGACAUUUUUUGGUAGUAAUCCGUGUAGUCAUCAUACUUUAAUGUCAUGUAGUGUUGUAGCAGCGAUAAAACACCACAUUUCUCCCAUUUGUACCUGGAAGACGUCGGAUGUAGAUGAAGUUGGUGUAGUAGGUCAGAAGUUGGCGGAAUAUGUUGCUGGAGAAAGACCAUACAGAGGCCCAAAGCCAGAGUUGUGCAAGCUGGUUGAAGAUCAGACUAUUUUUGGUAGAAAGUGGAAAGUAGUAACUGGUAGCAUGGUGUUUGGGACAUUUAAUUUUCAGAAGGAGGAGGAACUGUAUGAAAGACUAAAUAAGUACUUGUUGAGAGAUGGAAUGUGUAUCUUUAAUCUUCAUGGUGCAAUUAUCUUGGUAAUCCAGCACGGAGACUACUUUGUUGUUGUGGACUGUGGAACUCGGAAUUCACAGGGGUUAGCAUCAGAAUCUGGUACAUCGGUAGUGGUGUUUAACACGUGUUUAAAUGAUUUAAUGAUUCACUUUAUUAACCUCAGGGAAUCAUUAAAUGCGACCCAGUAUGGCAUCUGUGCUAUUACUGUACAAGAGAUGUACAGUAAUGUGCAGACAUGUGCAGCAGUCACUGCUGACAGACAGGCUACAGAUGCAAGUAGCCAUGUUGCAUCACUCUGUGGAUCGUUUCAUCAGGGUGAUGAUCGGUUUAAAUAUGCUGGACUUCAGUGUGCAGCCAUAAGUGCUGUUGCUUUAACAAAGCAUACAGUGGACAGCGUUUUUUCGUGGAAUACUGACAUAUUGGAUGAUGUAGUUGUUUUGGGUGAUGAGCUAUAUACAUUUUUGCGUGAUAACAAUUUAAUCAGUGGUGGAAGUGAGCUUCUCUCUGUUCCAGACUUGCCUAAAAAGAUAUAUGUUGAUGGGCAAAGUUUUGAGUAUGAUUAUGGGGACUAUGUUGCUGGAGAUGUGGAUAUACUACAAGGACAGUUUAUUGAUGCAGGUGUACACACUAGUCUUUGGGAUGGACUCAGUAAGAUGUGUGCAAAAUAUGAAACCAGCUUUAUUACAAUAAGUGGCAGUACUUGUGCCCUUAUUAGUUAUAAUGGACGUUAUGCUGUUGUAGACUCUCAUGCACGUAACACCGACGGUAUGGUACAUGAAAAUGGAAAAAGUGUUGUCCUUUACUUCAAUACUCUUGAUCAAGUCUUUGUGUACAUUAAAAGAUUUUCCGGUGAACUCAAUGACACUCCCAAAUUAUUUGAGAUCAGUGGAGUUCAUAUUGUUCAGAUUGACACAAGUAAAAUUCCAUCUGAACAUGGAGCUGCUGUUCCAGAAAGCAGUGGUGUUUUUGAUCAGACCUUUACAAGUGUUGAUAUGCAGGAAGAUUAUUGUGUAGGACAUUCAUCCCAACUUGACAUGUCAGACAUGGAUGAUGAUGAUGUAGUUGUUACUGGUGCCCAAAGUAAGGUGUUAUAUUUUAAACCUGUUUCUGAAGACAUUGCACGGUCACUGUGUGGAAAGUUGAAUGUGGAGUAUCAACUGUCAAAUUCUGUAUCUUGUGUGGCUGGAGAACUGGGUGUUCCGUGUAUGAUAGAAAAAAUUGUUGGAGAUGGAAACUGCUUUUUUAGAGCACUUAGUCAAGCCAUCAGUGGCACCCAGAAAAAUCAUCGCAAAAUUAGGCUUGCUGUUGUAAACUGGUUACAAAGGAAUUCUCACAUGUAUGAUAGUAUUUUAAGAAGUGAGUAUUCUUCCAUAUCACAAUACAUUGCCGAUUCAAGGAUGCAAUAUGUUGGCAGUUGGGCAACUGAAGUAGAGAUUCAAGCUGCAGCUGAUUAUUUUGGUGUUAAUAUUUUCACAUUUUGUGAUGAUAAAUGGCUUGAAUACUGUUCUUUGAGUAGUUUGUCUAAUCAUGGUCUCUAUUUACAAAAUAUUAGCGGUAAUCAUUAUGAGACAGUUACUUGUGUGAAGCAGCCUCAGUCACAAACAUGUUAUGGUUAUUGCAUGAAUAGAGAUGUUUCUGGUGAAUAUAAAACUCGGCAAGCUAAAACAGGACAAAAAAUUGCGCCUAUGAAGACAGUAAAAACUGAGAAUUCCAUUGAAGACGAGUGCGUGGGUAAUUUACAAGAUUUCCAAUAUAUUUCACUAUUUACUCCCAUCUCUGAAUUUACUGCUAAAACUCUGUGUAAGAAUUUAAAAAUAGACUUUGCAGAACAUAAUUUUCAAAACGUAACAUUGCGUGGGCCUUUGGGAAAUGUGUGCAAGACUAAAAAUAUUAUAAAUGAUGGGAACAGUUUUUUCAGAGCUGUAGCCUAUGCACUUAGUGGUUCUGAAAGAAAUCACCGUAAAAUUAGACUCGCUGUUAUUUCACACAUGACCAAUAACAAUGAAGAAUGUGAAAAAUAUUUGGAAAAACGUUUUGCUUCUGUGACAGAAUAUGUUAACCAGUCACAGAUGAAGUACGUGGGUCACUGUGCUACCGAAAUUGAGUUUAUUUCUGCCGCCAAUAUGUUAGGACUGGAUAUAUAUGUAUUUAAUGGCACUCAGUGGACAAAAUAUAAUUCAAAUAGUAGUCAUUUGACUGAAGCUAUAUAUUUGCAGAAGUGUGAUGAGCAUUUUGACGUUGUUAUUUGUGCAAAGCAAGGUGAUAAAGACUCUUGCUUUGAACUAUGUGAAGAAAAUGUUUUGUUAAAGACACAACACAUGCAUACAAGAUCUACGGAAGUCCAGCAAAAUGUAAAGCAAACUGUUUUAAGCGGUAAAGCAAAAUACAGUUUUUCUAUGUAUUUAAGACACAAAAAGAAUCAGAGACAAACCAUUAAAUAUAGAUCUGAAAUGGUAUAUAGGGAAAAAUUUAAAUCUAAUAAAAGAAAUACGUAUAAGAGAAAUUUGCUAUACAGAGAACAAAAAAAACUUUGGUUUAGAAAUAGAUAUUGUGAUGAUGAGAUUUUCCAAAAAAACCUUAAGAAAAUCAGCAUUACUAAAUAUAAUCAAGACAAACUUCAUCGCGAAAAAGUUAAGCAAAUGAGUAUUACGAAAUAUAAUAAAGAUGAAAAUCAUCGCGAAAAAGUUAAGCAAAUGAGUAUUACGAAAUAUAAUAAAGAUGAAAAUCAUCGCGAAAAAGUUAAGCAAAUGAGUAUUACGAAAUAUAAUAAAGAUGAAAAUCAUCGCGAAAAAGUUAAGCAAAUGAGUAUUACGAAAUAUAAUAAAGAUGAAAAUCAUCGCGAAAAAGUUAAGCAAAUGAGUAUUACGAAAUAUAAUAAAGAUAAAAAUCAUCGCGAAAAAGUUAAGCAAAUGAGUAUUACGAAAUAUAAUACAGAUGAAAAUCAUUGCGAAAAAGUUAAGCAAAUGAGUAUUACGAAAUAUAAUAAAGAUGAAAAUCAUCGCGAAAAAGUGAAAUACUUAAGUAGACAGCAAAACCUUAAUCCACAACAUAGGAUGCACAUACAAUCACUUGUAGAGCUAAAAAGACAGCACAUUAAAAUAAAGUCAAAGGAGUUUGAUUUUGUUGUUGCAAAGUUUUUGGACAAAGUAAAAGAGGGGCCCAAUUUUGUGUGUUGCGUGUGCUUUCGGUUGUUAUUCAAACAUCAGGUGUUGAAUUGUUGCAAAGAUUCCUACAGGAAAACUAAAGAAAUGUCUUUAAUCGCAGAUAGAUGUAUAAGUCAUGAUUAUAUACAUAUAUGCAAUGAUGCGUGCAUAUCGCCAUGCAAUCUCAAAACCUGUCGAAAUAAGUUGUAUAUCUGUUAUUGUUGUCAUAACAAAAUUAGCAAAGGUCAAAUGCCCCCAGAAAGUUCAUGCAAUAAUUUGACUGUUGAUGACAUCCCUCCUCAGUUGGCAUGCUUGAAUAGCUUGGAACAACAUUUAAUAGCUUUACAUAUUCCAUUUAUGAAAAUGUUGGCUUUGCCCAAAGGUGGACAAAAUGGAGUGCAUGGUCCCGUUACUUGCGUCCCUGCAAAUGUUGUUGAAACCUGCAGUAUGCUGCCACGUAGUAAUAUGGAAGGGUCUUUGUUACCUGUUAAGUUAAAGCGUAAAUUGACAUACAAAGGUCAUUAUGAUUAUCAGUAUGUUGACUCAAUGCAUGUCCAGGAAGCUCUUUGUUACUUGAAACAUUGUAACUUUCAUUAUAAAAAUGUAGAGUUCAAUGAAUCUUGGAUCAAUGAGUUUUCUCAGGAAAAUGAUAAUUCUGUUUUAAAAAAUAAUAAUGUUAAAGAACAAGAUGAGGACAUGUCCAUAGAUGAAAAUGAUGAUGACCUUUUACAUGACAGACAGCAACACUGCAUGUUCCAGGACACUUGUCUUAUGCCCGUAGAUAUAGGACAAGAAGCAUUGGAUCUGUAUGUUGAUAAUGUGUUGAAUGUCGCACCAAGUGAAAAUAAUAACCCUAUAAAACUGCUUUCUGAUUGUACUAACGAAGCAAAAUGUUUCCCUGUAUUGUUCCCAUCGGGUUGUAACACAUACCAUGAAAAGCGGCAGUAUCAUUUGACUUUGAGUCGUUAUUUUAAUAACAGACUUCUUCAUGCUGAUGGUAGGUUUGCGCGUAAUGUGGAAUAUAUAUUCUUUGCACAGUACAUGUCAGAACUUGAGCAGGUUGUGUCUAAAGUGUCAGUAGCUUUACGUAAAGGUACAAGUUGUACAUCUCAAAAUAUGAGUGAGGUUUUGAGGGAUGAAAACUCUAUAAAUAAGUUAUUACAGUUUGAUGAUGGUUAUCGUUUCUUGAAACCUAUUCGAGGCACACCAGCUUUCUGGCAGACUGCUCAACGCGACUUGCUAGCUUGUGUUAGAAUGUUGGGGAAACCCACAUGGUUUGCCUCGUUUUCGUCUGCAGAUAUGAGAUGGACUAAUCUGCUUUAUAGCAUCUUAAAGCAGGAAGGGCGAACACAGACUUUGGAACAGUUGCAAUGGGCAGAGAAGUGUGAAUUGUUGCGUCGAAACCCUGUUACUGCUGCUAGAAUGUUUGAUUUUAGAUGGCAUGUUUUUCUAAGAGAAGUCCUCAUGUCUCCUGCUAAUCCGAUCGGAAAAAUCGAAGACUACUAUUAUCGUGUAGAAUUCCAGCAGCGUGGUUCUCCUCAUUGCCAUUGUCUAUUUUGGAUUUCCGGUGCUCCAAUUUUGGACAAGAACACGGAUGAAGAGGUUAUUGCGUUUAUUGAUGAGUAUGUGACAUGUGAAAUUCCAUCUGAAGAAGACACAUUGUCUGAAGUAGUUACAUCUGUACAACAGCAUUCAAAACGACAUUCAAAAACUUGUAAAAAGAAAAAAACUGUUUGUCGUUUUAAUUUCCCUCGGCCUGCAUCUUGCUGCACUUUUAUUUGUCGUGGUGAAAAAUAUCAAGAUCCGGUCAAGACUUGUAAAUGCAAUUUGGAUAAAACUGAUGGUAGUGCAGAUUGUCAAUGUGUUGAUGAGAAUAAGACACUUUUGGAACAAAUGGACAGAGAUGUAGCAAGCGAUAUUUUAACAAAGAUAAAGAAUGCCAUUUCAGUUGACAACUGUCCAUACAAUACCGUGGAAGAAAUGUUUGAAGGCUUGUGCAUUAGUCAAGGCUUAUUUGAAACGGCAUAUAAACGACUUAGUAGGAAUACACAUGUGGUGUUGAAAAGGCAAAUUAAUGAAAUCUGGAUCAAUCAAUAUAGUAGACCACUGUUAAAAGCUUGGAAUGCAAAUAUUGAUAUCCAGUAUUGCGUCGAUGCAUAUGCAUGCUGUGUUUAUAUAGUAUCUUAUAUGUCAAAAAGUGAACGUGAAAUUGGUCUUCUUCUAGGAAAUGCACAAAGAGAAGCAGCCAAAGAAGGCAAUGUUAGUGCUAAAGAAGCUUUAAAGAGACUUGGUAGUGUCUAUUUGCAUAAUCGCGAUGUUUGUGCUCAGGAAGCAGUAUAUAGACUCACCAACAUGCAUUUAAAGGAGUGUUCUCGGAAAGUUGUUUUUAUUCCAACAGGUGAUAAUAUUGUGAAAAUGAGUUUACCCAUUUCUGUUUUGAAACAAAAGGCUACAUUACAGGAUCUUACCCCAGAAGACAUGUGGAUGACUGGUAUAGUUGACCGUUAUAAGAAUAGGCCAAAUGAUGAUGUGUUUCCCGAUAUGUGCCUGGCCAAGUUUGUUUCAGAGUAUCGUGUUUUGUCCAAAAAUGAGAAGAGUAGAAAUUCAGUUAAAUUGAAUAAGGAUUUUGGGUUUGUUGCGAAAAGAACUCGGUCAAAACCAGCAGUUGUUCGUUAUGCGCGUUUCUCUGAAACAAAAGAGCCAGAAAAGUUUUAUCAAAGCAUAAUGCAGCUAUUUCUGCCUUAUCGCUCUGAUACUGAACUGAAACCUGUACAUUGUGAAACCUUUGGUGACUUUUAUCGAACUGGUGUCAUUAGUUUUGUUGAUGGAACAAAGCAUUCAGUAAAGUCUGUUGUAGAUUUAAAUAGGAGUGAAUUUGAGGUGGUAUGUGAUCAUUUUGAGGCUGUUGACAAUGUUACUGGAGAUGUAAUGCUGGAAGAUGCAUGGGCUGAAUUGUGUCCCGAAGUUGAACUCGAACGAUUGGAAUGCGUGGAAUUACAAAAAGAAAGAGAAAUAGAAAACAGUGACCAGGAACAAAUCCCCGAUUUAAGUUUUCAGUGUAAAGAAUUGUCAGUAUUUGAGAAAGGAAAAAUGACUAGAAGUGAAGGCCUUGCAUUAAUUAGAUCUUUAAAUGAAAAACAGUUCUCUGUUUUUUAUCAAAUCAGGCAAUGGUGUCUAGCCAAAGUGAAUGGAAAAAAUCCUGAACCACUGCAUAUUUUUAUCACAGGUGGUGCUGGGACAGGAAAAAGUCAUUUAAUCAGGGCAAUUGAAUAUGAAUCAAAACGAUUAUUGUCCACUGUGUGUCAGUCUCCUGACAACACAUGCGUACUACUGACAGCUCCCACCGGCAUUGCUGCAUAUAAUUUAGAAGCAACAACAAUCCACACCACAUUUUCUAUUGGAAAGGAUGUACGCUUACCAUAUACUCCUUUGAGUGAAGAAAAGCUAAAUACCUUGCGUGUCAAAUAUUGUGAUCUUCAGCUUCUUAUUAUAGAUGAAAUAUCAAUGGUUGAUCACAAUCUCUUAUCAUAUGUUAAUGGUCGACUGCGUCAGAUUAAACAAAACGUAAAAUCAUAUGGUAAUAUUAGUGUAAUUGUGGUCGGUGAUUUCUAUCAGCUCCCUCCCGUGAAAGGUAAACCACUGUAUUCAGAUGGUGUUGCCACAAAUAUAUGGUCAGAUUUAUUUAAAAUUGCAGACUUAACUGAAAUAGUUAGACAAAAAGAUUCUGUGUUUUCUCAACUGCUAAACAGGAUGAGAACUCGUUCCAAAGGCACACCAUUAUUGGCUGAUGAUUUGCAGAUUUUAAAACGUUGUGAAACAGGUGAGGUUAGCUCAGCCUUGCACAUAUACGCAACCAAUAAACAAGUAAAUGAGCACAAUAUUCAUCGAUUAUAUGAGACUUGUCCUGAAUUUGUAACUAUUGGGGCACAGGACUAUGUCAAUGAUAAAAAAACAGGAAAAUUGAGGUUGUUGGUAGGAAAUCAUGCAAAAGCGUCAAAUACUUGCUUGUCAGAAGUGUUGUUAUUGGGUAAAGGAGCGCGUGUUAUGUUGUGUAAAAAUGUGGACGUUAGCGAUGGUUUGGUUAAUGGCGUUUGUGGUACUGUUAUGGAAAUAUCAAUACCAGAAAAGGACAAGUUUCCUAAAGUGGUCUAUGUUAAAUUUGAUGAUGAUCGUGUAGGCAUGCAGAAAAGGAAGAGCUACCACUAUGCAUCAUCAGAUUUGGCUGGAUCCACACCCAUUGCACCUGAGGAGGAACGAGCUACCGUUAAAGGUGGAUUGCGGCGACAAUUUCCACUCAGAUUGGCAUGGGCUUGUACAGUACACAAAGUUCAAGGACUAACUGUUGAUGAAGCUGUUGUUUGUUUUAGUAAAAUAUUUGCACCGGGACAAGCUUAUGUGGCUAUAAGUCGUGUAAGAAGUGUUUUAGGAUUGACAAUUCAAAAUUUUGAUGAAAAGAGGAUUUAUUGUAAGGAUGACAUUUUGGUUGCACUUCAGAGUAUGACACCUCUUUUUAUUGAAUCAAAUCAAUUGGAUCGAUUUAACACAUUUGUUUUUACUGUAUUCCUAAUGAAUGUGCAAAGUUUGAAUCGGCAUGUAAAAGAUUUAGCCUGUUAUACAGAACAUUGGAAACCUAAAUGCAUUGCUCUUACAGAAACAUGGGUGUCUUCAACCCAAAUGGAUACAGUAAAAAUAGAUGGUUACAGUUUCACUAACCGUCCACGAUGUUUGUCGUAUACUGGCAGGCAUCCGGAAUUGAUUCCAUUGCAAGACCAACAACACGGUGGUGUUGGCAUCUAUUGUGCAGAUGAUGUAGAAUUUCAAGUACUUCAGCAACCAGAGCUGAAUUUGGAGUGUUUAGUGUAUCGGUUUUGUAGUUUUAACAUGGUUCUUGGGGUAAUUUACCGACCUCCACUAUACCCUCUUUCACUAUUUAAAAAGAAUUUAGGAAAACUACUUGAUUGGCUUGAGAAACAAAGUGACACAAUAGCAGUGAUUGGAGAUUUUAAUGAUGAUAUUUUGAAGUCAUCAACUAUCACAAAAUUUGUUUGUGAUAAAGGAUAUCUACAAAUGGUUAGAGAAGCAACUACUGAAAAAGAUACUUUGAUAGAUCACGUUUAUGUUAAAUCAAGGACAUAUAAAGUGGAGGCAGUAGUUGUGCCUACAUAUUUUAGUGAUCAUGAGGGUGUAAUGUGUGGUUUUAGCUUGUAAUCAUUUUAGUAAUCUGUUGUAAGAAAUAUUCUGAAGUCACUGUGGCCUCAUGCCACUUGGUGGUGGGAGGCCUGCAAGACAUGAUGGCUGUGUGUAAGAGCCACUGUCUGCUGAUUGCAAGGCCAAAUGCUGCGCAAACUGAUUAUUGUCUAUGGGUUAUGAUCAUUGAGUUCAGUCUGAUCCAGUUUUGAGUUUUAUUUGGACAGAGAAAAGAAAAAAAAAAGUCAUUAUUAUUAUUUCUUUUAGUAUUAUUAA